AUGCUGGAGUCGACCUGCAGGGCCUUCUUCGACCUGCAAGGAGUCCAGCUCUGUCCCGCCCCGGAUGCAGUCAUGACGACCCACUCCACUGCGGACGAGCGUGAUAGGUCUGGAGUUAGGCAGCUCAGGUUUGCUGAUCGGGUUAGGAGGCCGCGGGAACGCGAAGCACGGACGGAGACCGACUUGGCAAGUGUAGCAGAUGAAGGCGAGGAGGGUGUAGAAGAUCCACAGCUGCCAAGUCAGGUCGAACAGGCAGAGGAGCAGUGGAGGAAGGUGGCUGAUGAAAAGCGGAUGGGCGAAGCAGAAGCCAAGAGUAGACGGGCUGAAGAGAUGCAACGGCGAAGUGAUGGCGACACCGAUCCUACUGUCUCUUUCCCGGGAACUGGAGACAUACGUGAAGCAUGGGAGCGUGGGGCACGAGCCGCUGCAAGGGCACACGUGGGAGAGGCAGGAGAGGAGCUCGCCAGCAAUGUGCGGCAGCAUAUCGAGGAGGAUAGGGGAUACGUGAAAGUUUGCUUGCCCAACCUAAAGCGGAAGGCGGCUGAAGAGGCCCGGAGAGGGGACGUCGACGUGCCAGAGAAUUCGAGAGAGGCGAAAAAGAAGGAGGAGAGCAACGCUGGUGCUAAGGCUCAUAAGAUGGUGGAGGUAGAGGCGCACCAGAAUGCAGAGGAUGCGGCCCAUCGGUUCGUCGAUGCAGAGGCGGCACUUACGGCAGAGGACGAGGCGCCAAAGGAAGCAGAGUCUGCGGCGCAGCAGAAGGUGGGUGCAGAAGCGGUCAAGGGUGCGGAGGCAGUCGCGCGUAAAGAAGCGGGUGCAGCAGCAGAGCUGACGUCGGAGGCAGUCGAGCUGAUGGUAGUGGAGGCAGUGGCGCAGAAGGAAUCAGAGGCAAUGGCGAGCCAGAAGGAUGAGGCAGCGGCGCAGCAGAAUGAUGAGGCAGACGCACAUAAGGAAUCAGCGGCAGCAGCGCAGCAGAAGGAUGAGGGUGCGGCGCCCAGGAUGGUUGAGGCAGCGGCGCAGCAGAAGGAGGAGGGUGCGGCGCCGAAGAUGGUUGAGGCAGAGGCGCAGAAGGCAUCAGAGGCAGCGGCGCUGCAGAAGGAGGAGGGUGCGGCGCCGAAGAUGGUUGAGGCAGAGGCGCAGAAGGCAUCAAAGGCAGCGGCGCUGCAGAAGGAGGAGGGUGCGGCGCCGAACAUGGUUGAGGCAGAGGCGCAGAAGGAAUCAGAGGCAGCGGCGCUGCAGAAGGAGGAGGGUGCGGCGCCGAACAUGGUUGAGGCAGAGGCGCAGAAGGAAUCAGAGGCAGCGGCGAGGGAGAAGGAUAAGGCAGCGGCGCUGCAUAUGGAGGAGGCAGACGCACAUAAGGAAGGAGAGGCUCGGAAUAAGGCAGAAGCAGCGGCGCGGCAGAAGGCGGAGGCAGAGGAGCAGAAACAGGCUGCGGAAGAGGCACUACAACUGGCUCGGGCAGAAGCGCGAAAGAAGGCUAUUGUAGAGGCGCAGAAGAAGGCGGAGGGUGAGGCGCAGAAGAUGGCAGAGGCCGAGGAGCAGAAGCAGGCUUAG